CCAGCGAAAAGGUGAACGAAAACGUGUUGGCGGAUCGCACAAUUCCACCCCCAAACCCCGGGCUGUUUUCCUUUGGUUUCGGUUCUUCUUUUGCUCCGUGCGUGUCUCCGGUUGUGGUGCGUGUAUUGACCAGCAGACGGCUCUGUUGGGAAAAGACCGGCUCCGUGAGAAAAUUCGGUUUUCCCCGAAGUUGUGGGUGAAAAUAUAUCCAAAAAUUGAUGAAACACGGUCGGUGUUUCAGGAAGUUUGCACAAUACGCCGUGUGAAGUUGUGUAUUUAGCGAUUUAUCGAGUACUGCGGCCGCAUUUUCACGAGUUUUUCUGGAUACGAAAAGUUUGAUUUGUUUUGUGUUUUGUUUGCUGUUCCGAGAAGUUCAUCUAGUUUUCCUCACAUCCGUUUUUGCGGAUAACUGUGAUCAACGAAAUAAGGCGUGUGUGCUGAAUUAUAAAGUAUAUUAAAUAGGUUUUUAGUGCUUUUUUACGUUUUUAAAGUUUCGCUUCUGUGGUAGCAGCUGGAACGAGGAUAGGGAAACGAUAGUGGAAGUGGCGAAAACAAAUAUCGAAGUCUCAAAGACGGGAUCAAGUCAUAAUACGUACACCACAUAACGAACAUUAUCACCAUGCCAACGGAACAGGAACGCAACGUUAUAUCAGAUCUGCCCCGUGGACCACUCUGCGCUUACCGGUCGAAGGCCAAGUUCAACUGGAAAGACUUCCGGCUAGUGUUGGAAGAGAAGGAGCUGAUAAAAAUCAAAUACGACAUAUGGCGUCGGUUAGAAUCGGAACCAUUGUUUGCUCCCAUCACCUCCACGCUCCCGGUCGAUCAGCAGAAGGAACGGGCCGCACGGCAAAUGAACCGGAUAGCGGAUCUCGAACUCGCCCCACCGGAAAUCUACUCGAAGCCCUACAAAUACCGCGUACGCUAUCUGAUGAGCAUCAACGAGGCACUGCAUGCUGUCUGUCCGAGCCUGUCGGUGAAGAUAGCGCUCGGUGUGGGAUUGUUCACGAACUCGCUCCUUGCGAUGGGUACGGAACGGCAUCAGGAUACGUACAACAAGGCGUGGAACCGGGAGAUAAUCACCUGCCUAGCAAUCACGGAGGUAUCGCACGGUAGCAACACGAAACGAUGUCGCACGACGGCGACAUACGAUCCGGAAACGCAAGAGUUCAUUAUCCACACGCCCGACUUUGAGGCGGCCAAGUGUUGGGUUGGUAAUCUCGGCAAGACGGCAUCGGUGGCACUGUUGUUUGCCAUUCUCUAUACGGCCGAUGGCCAGAACCAUGGGCUGCAAGGGUUCCUGGUACCAAUUAGGGAUCCUAAAACGCUGCUACCCUAUCCGGGUGUGACGGUUGGUGAUAUCGGUGAGAAGAUCGGACUGAAUGGGAUCGAUAAUGGGUUCGUUAUGUUCAAUCACUAUCGCAUUCCGCGUGAGAAUCUGCUCAACCGUACCGGUGACGUUACACCGGAGGGUGUGUACGAGAGUACGUUCAGUGAACCGGGCAAAAUUCUCGGCGCCGUGCUGGAAUCGUUCUCUGCUGGGCGGCUUGGUAUAAUGCAGGAAUCGUCGAACACACUGUCGCAUGCGGCUGUCAUUGCUGUACGGUAUGCGGCGCUAAGGAAACAGUUUGGCACCGAUCGGGAUGGACCGGAGCAAUCCAUCAUCGAAUAUCAGUUACAUCAAUGGCGCAUAUUCCCGUACUUGGCAGCCGCGUGUGUACUGAAGGUAUCUGUGUUCGCAAUGACGGAGACAUAUCUGGAAACGGUACAGAAAUCCCAAGCCGAAUCGAACGGGUUCGAGUUGCUGACGCAGAUCGUGUCGGAAGUGCACGCACUAGUCUCCUCCUCUAAGCCACUAGUCACCUGGACGGCACGUGAUGCGAUACAGGAAUCGCGAGAAGCUUGCGGUGGCCACGGAUAUCUGCGUUCGGCCAAUCUUGGAGAGCUGCGCAACAAUCACGAUCCGAGCUGUACUUACGAGGGUGAUAACAAUGUGCUCGGUCAGCAGGCCUCGAACUGGCUCAUCCGCCAGUGGAAGAACGCAAAAGUGGAAAGUCCCGUCGGUACGGCAUCGUUCAUCGAACGGCGUGAUGAGAUCUUACGGAUGAACUUCGAGUCGUUCCAACAAUCGGGAGUAUCGGUGGAGAGCUCGGAAUUCAUCGCGCACUGUUACGAGUGGCUUAUGUGUUGGUUGCUGCAGCAAAGUGUUGCCCAGAUGGACGAUGCAAGCAGCCAGGGCAUCGAUACGUUUACCGCCCGGAACAAUUGUCAGGUAUAUCGAGCACGGGACUUGACCCGUGCCUAUGCCGAGUAUUACGCACUCCGAAGCUUCUGGUCACGAUGUGCCCGGCAGGAUGUGUCAGAAUCGUUGCGGCCUGUUCUGUUCAAUGUGUACCUUCUAUACGGUGCCUGGUGCCUUGACCGACACAUGAGCACGUUCUAUACCGGAUCGUUUGCUAACGGAUCCGCCUUUGCCGAUGCCGUACGUGGAAUGCUGCUUAAAGUGUGCGGAUUGUUGAAGGAUUCGGCCGUAGCGAUCGCGGAUGCACUUGCUCCACCCGACUGGGUGCUCAACUCUGUGAUCGCUAAAUCGGACGGUCGACUGUACGAGAACAUUCAGUCCGUGUUCAUGACGAAUCCGGGUGCGAUGGAGAGGGCUGCCUGGUGGAAGGAUAUCAUACCGACCAAGUUGCGUAGCAAACUGUAAAUGGCGCAGGGCAGUAAGGGCUGUAGCCCCCCCCC